UCUUCGAUCUCGCUCCCUAUUUUAUUAAAGGAUCACCGUCCACCUUUGAGCUCCACCUGGUUCUUUUCAUCGGGUCGGGAUCACAAUGACCUCGGAGAAGCACGUGGCCGUCCUCGCGUUCCCAUUCACCGGCCACCCCCCGCCGCUCGCCAACCUCCUCCGCAAGCUGGCCGGAGCCGCCCCGGACGUCCGCUUCUCUUUCUUGAGCACGGCCAAGUCCAACGGCGACCUCUUCCCGCCUUCGUCGAGGACCGAGUUGCUGCCCAACGUCGGCAUCUAUGACAUCGACGACGGCCUGCCGGCCGGUCGUCACGGGGCAGCGAAUCUGUACUCGCGAGAGCUACGGGAUAUGUUCCUCAAGCAAGCUCCGGAGAGUUUCCGAGCCGCCAUCGAUGCUGCGGAGCGGGAUGCGAGGAAGAAGGUGAGUUGUCUGCUGAGUGAUGCUGUCUUGGUGCUGGCUUGCGAGAUCGCAGAGCAAAUGCGCGUCCCUUGGGUGACGUUCUGGGUCCCGUCUCCGUGCUUUUUGUCCGCUUGCGUCCACGUCGAGGUCCUCGGUCAGCUCCGCCAUGGAACCUCCCGCGGCGGCACGGCGGUGGCAGAGGCCGAUGACAAGGCCCUGGAUAUGGUUCCAGGGCUAUCAUUCUUUCGCAUGUCCGAUUUCCCAGACGAAAUACUACAAGACCAGAACACGAGGAUGGUGCCGAACCUGGUCCCCCAGAUGGGGCACGUGCUGCCGCGCGCCACGGCCGUCGUCAUGAACUCGUUUGAGGAAGCCAACCCCGCGCCCCUUGUGGCGGACUUGAAGUCCAAGUUCAAGAUUCUGCUCCACAUGGGUUGCCUCACCAUGCAAUUCCCUCCACCCUCACUGCCGCCGAGCUGCGCCUCAGAUCAUACUGGUUGCUUGAUGUGGCUAGAUGCCAGAGACCCUCGGACUGUCGCGUACAUAUGCUUCGGCACGAUGGCAAUGCCGUCACCCGCUGAGGUCUUGGCUCUUGCCGAGGCCCUGGAAUCCACCAUGACCCCGUUCCUGUGGUCGCUAAAGGAGCACAUGAUGGUCCACUUGCCCGAAGGGUUCCUGGAGCGGACGGGGGCGGGGGGAAAGAUCGUGCCUUGGGCCCCACAGAGCCGGGUGCUGAGCCACCCGGCGUGCGGGGUGUACGUGACGCACUGCGGGUACAACUCAGUGUUCGAGAGCGUGGCGGGGGGCGUGCCGAUGAUAUGCAAGCCGUUCUGGACAGACAACAUGAUGAACGCGAGAAUGGUGAAGGAAGGGUGGGGGAUCGGGGUGGGAGUGGAGGGAGAUAUGAUCACGAAGAGUGGGAUGGUGAAGGCAUUGGAGGUGGUGCUGAGGGGCGAGGAAGGGAAGGAGAUGAGGAAGAAGGUCGGCGAGCUCAGAGCGAGGUUGGCGGAGGCUGCUGGGCCUGGCGGGAGUGUUGAAGCUGAUUUCAAGGCCCUUGUGGACUUGAUUUCUGCUUCUUGAUAUGUUCUGUUUUUCUGUCAAAGCUUGUUGAUAUGUUUCAUGUCUAGUUUGGCUUUGGAUGCCAUGUGGAGAUGAGAUCUUUUGCUGGAGACACCGAACGGGUUACAGAAUGCCUAAUCAUGUUUUGCGGAAGAUUUAUAUCAUUGAUCUUUGGUUGUAUGAUAAGAUAGGCAAGUUGACGUCUUUUGAAGUUCCUUUUA